GCAAAGUUGGGGCCGGGCGGCGGUGGUCUCCGUGGCCGUGGAUUACAAACUCAGCGGAGGAGGAGAAAGAAGCGGCGGCGGCGGCGGCGCUCGGCGGCGUCUCCCGAGCCGGGCAUGGUGGCGGGGUGGUGGCGGCCGCUGAGGCGCGGCGGAGCACGAGGCCCCCGACGGCGCGGCGGCAGCUGCUGAACGGCGAUGCGGUGCGGAGUCCCCGGCCGCCCCCCGGCCCCCGAGCGGCGGCGGGCGCAGGACGAGCGGCGCGGCCCUUGAGCGCGACGGACGGCCGAUCGGGUCCCUCCCCGGCGGGGCAGAGCGAGCGGAGCCUCGGCGGGACAGCGGGAGGGAGGGGCCGGAGCGAGGCGGCUGCGGGAGGCGGACCCCGGCCGGGGGGCACCGCUGAAAGCAGCAGCGGCGGCGGCGGCGCCGGGCCCUACCGCGGAAGCGGCCCCAGGGUCGCUAUGGGCCGCCCCACCGCCGCCGCCCGCCGGGCCCCGCCGCCCCUGCUGCUGUCGCUGCUGCUGCCGCUGCUGCCGCUGGGCGCCGCCGCCGAGCCCCGGCAGGUCUUCCAGGUGCUGGAGGAGCAGCCGGCCGGCACCUGGGUGGGCACCAUCGCCACCCGGCCCGGCUUCACCUACCGGCUGAGCGAGCACCACGCCCUCUUCUCCAUCAACGCCACCUCGGGCGCCCUGCACACCCGCGCCUCCAUCGACCGCGAGAGCCUGGCCAGCGACGUGGUGGACCUGGUGGUGCUCUCCAGCCAGCCCACCUACCCCAGCGAGGUGCGCGUCCUGGUGCUCGACCUCAACGACAACGCGCCCGUCUUCCCCGACCCCUCCAUCGUGGUGACUUUCAAGGAGGACACGGGCAGCGGGCGGCAGCUCAUCCUGGACACUGCCACCGACGCUGACAGCGGCACCAACGGUGUGGACCACAGCUCCUAUCGCAUUGUGUCUGGCAACGAGGAGGGACGUUUCCGCCUCAACAUCACCCUCAACCCUAGCGGCGAAGGUGCUUUCUUGCAUCUGGUCUCACAGGGCGGGCUGGAUCGAGAGGCCACCCCCAGCUACCAGCUGCUGGUGCAGGUGGAGGACAAGGGUGAGCCCCGGCGACGCGGGUACCUACAGGUCAACGUCACCGUGCAGGACAUCAAUGACAACCCACCCGUCUUCAGUCAGACUCUUUAUCAGGCACGUGUGCCCGAGGAUGCACCCGUUGGGGCCAGUGUUCUGCAGGUGGCAGCAGCUGAUGCUGAUGAAGGCACCAACGCUGACAUCCGCUACCGCCUGGAGGGAGGCGAUGGUGGCGGUGGGGAGGGGGCCAGCAGCCUCCCGUUCGAAGUGGACCCUGAGAGUGGGGUGAUCCGCAUCCGGGAGCGCCUGGACUAUGAGCUGUGCCAGCAGUACUCGCUGACAGUGCAAGCCACAGACCGUGGGGUGCCUGCGCUGAGCGGCCGGGCCGAGGCCCUCAUCCGCCUGCUGGAUGUCAACGACAACGAGCCCCGGGUGAAGUUCCGCUACUUCCCAGCCACCUCCCGCUUUGCCUCUGUGGAUGAGAAUGCAGCACCUGGCACUGUGGUGGCCUUGCUGACAGUGAGCGAUGCUGACUCCCCUGCUGCCAACGGGAACAUCUCUGUGUCAAUCUUGGCAGGCAACGAGCAGCGGCACUUCGAGGUGCACAGCAGUAAGGUACCCAACCUCAGUCUGAUCAAGGUGGCGGCUGCACUGGACCGGGAGCGCAUCCCUGCCUAUAACCUUACAGUGGCAGUGGCUGAUAACUAUGGGGCCUCACCACCACCCCCAGGCUUCCCCACCUCUUCCCUUUCCCCUGAUGGGGUGGCGGCGACUCCUGUAAGCCGCUCUUCAGUGGCUAGCUUGGUGAUCUUUGUGAACGACAUCAAUGACCACCCGCCUGUCUUUGAACAGUCAGUGUACAGGGUGAACAUCAGUGAGGAGGUGCCUUUGGGCAGCUAUGUGCGGGGCUUGACUGCGACAGACCGUGACUCGGGCCUCAAUGCCAACCUCAGAUACAGCAUUGUGUCUGGCAAUGAGCUGGGCUGGUUCCACAUCAGCGAGCACAGCGGGCUGGUCACCACAGCUGGUCCUGGGGGUGGCACUGCUGGGCAUGCUGGGGGUGCUUCUGUCACCAGUGGGCUGGACCGGGAGACCACUUCCCAGGUGGUGCUCAACAUCAGUGCACGUGACCAGGGGGUGCAGCCCAAAUUUUCCUACGCACAGUUGGUGGUGACCAUCCUGGACAUCAAUGACAACAAGCCUCGUUUCAGCCAACCCGAGGGCUACCAGGUUUCCUUGGCUGAAAACUCCCCAUCAGGAACUGAGCUGCUGGUCCUGAGUGCUGUGGAUGGCGAUCUGGGGGACAAUGGGACCAUUCGUUUCUCCCUUCAGGAGGCUGAGCCAGCAGUGGUGGCAGUUGGUCCCUCUUCAGUGACUCCUCGGCAAGUCUUUCGCUUGGAUCCCGUGUCAGGCAAACUCAGCACCAUCUCACAGCUGGACAGGGAGGAGCAGGCUCACUUUUCCCUGCAGGUCCUGGCUACAGAUUUGGGUUCUCCUCCCCUUUCUUCAGUAGCCCGGGUUAACGUGAGUCUUUUGGAUGUGAAUGACAAUAGCCCUGUUUUCUAUCCUGUCCAGUAUUUUGCCCAUAUCCAAGAGAAUGAGCCAGCCGGAACCUAUGUAACCACUGUGUCUGCCACUGACCCUGAUAUGGGGCCCAAUGGGACCGUCAAGUACAGCAUCUCAGCUGGGGAUACCUCUAGGUUCCAGGUCCAUGGCAAGACCGGGAUCAUUACCACAAAAAUAGCCCUUGACAGGGAGGAGAAAACUGCUUACCAGUUGCAGAUUGUGGCCACUGAUGGUGGCCAUCUUCAGUCUCAGAACCAAGCCAUUGUCACCAUCACUGUCUUGGACACUCAGGACAACCCACCUGUUUUCAGCCAGGGCAUGUAUGGUUUUGUUGUUUUUGAAAAUGUUGCUCUAGGUUACCAUGUAGGUACUGUUUUCGCUUCUACCAUGGAUCUCAAUACCAACAUCAGUUACCUUAUUACAACAGGUGACCAAAGGGGUAUGUUUGCCAUCAACAAAGUGACAGGGCAGAUCACCACGGCCAGUAUUAUUGAUAGGGAAGAGCAAGCAUUUUACCAGCUGAAAGUGGUGGCUAGUGGUGGGGCAGUGACUGGAGACACUAUAGUCAAUAUAACUGUCAAAGAUUUAAACGACAAUUCGCCACACUUUAUUCAUGCCGUGGAAAGCGUAAAUGUGGUUGAAAACUGGAAAGCUGGUCAUACCAUAUUCCAAGCCAAAGCUCUUGAUCCUGAUGAAGGUGUUAAUGGCAUGGUCCUUUACAGCCUUAAGCAAAACCCAAAGGGCUUGUUUUCAAUCAAUGAACAAACAGGUGCUAUAAGCUUAAUAGGGCAGCUGGACAUAAAUGCUGGGACUUACCAGGUUGAAAUCCUGGCCUCAGAUAUGGGUGUGCCACAGCUGUCCUCUACUUUCGUCCUGACUGUCUCUGUCCAUGAUGUAAAUGAUAACCCUCCUGUGUUUGACCAGCUUUCCUAUGAAAUUACAAUUUUGGAGUCUGAGCCAGUGAAUUCACGGUUCUUUAAGGUACAUGCUACUGACAAAGAUUCAGGAGUGAAUGGUGAAAUAGCUUACAGUAUAAUUGAAGGAAAUGCUGGGGAUGCCUUUGGCAUUUUCCCAGAUGGUCAGCUGUACAUAAAGAGUGAACUGGACCGUGAGCUUCAAGAAAGAUACAUUUUACUUGUUGUUGCCUCUGAUAGAGCAGUAGAACCGCUCAAUGCUACUGUGAACAUUACAGUAAUUCUGGAAGAUGUAAAUGAUAACAGGCCAUUGUUCAACAGUACCAACUAUGUAUUUUAUUUUGAAGAGGAACAGAGUGGUGGUUCCUAUGUGGGUAAAAUAAAUGCUGUAGACAAAGACUUUGGGCCGAAUGGUGAAGUCAGGUAUUCAUUUGAGCACAUGCAACCAGAUUUUGAGCUGAACACAAUAACUGGCGAGAUAAGAAGUACUCAUCAGUUUGACAGGGAGGCUCUUAUGAGACAGCGAGGAGCUGCAGUAUUUAGUCUUACAGUUAUAGCAACAGAUCAGGGGUUGCCAAAGCCUCUAAAGGACCAGGCAACUGUACAGAUCUACAUGAAAGACAUCAAUGAUAAUGCUCCUAAGUUUUUGAAAGAUCUCUACCAAGCUACCAUAUCAGAAUUGGCAGCAAAUUUGACACAGGUUCUGAGAGUUUCUGCUUCAGAUGUUGAUGAAGGGACUAAUGGGUUGAUUCACUAUUCUGUGAUCAAGGGAAAUGAAGAAAAGCAGUUUGCAAUAGAUAGUAGCACAGGCCAAGUGACUUUAGUAGGCAAACUAGAUCAUGAAGCUACUGCAUCAUAUUCACUUGUUAUCCAAGCGGUAGACUCCGGAGCAGUUUCCUUAAGUUCAACUUGCACCUUGAGCAUUGAUGUAUUGGAUGAGAAUGACAACAGUCCUUCCUUCCCUAAAUCAACCUUGUCAGUGGAUGUCUUGGAAAACAUGAGAGUUGGUGAACUUGUUUCCUCUGUCACUGCCACUGACUCUGAUUCAGGUGACAAUGCUGACCUCCAUUAUAGCAUUACAGGGACAAACAACCAUGGGACCUUUAGCAUCAGUCCCAACACUGGUAGUAUUUUUCUUGCAAAGAAGUUGGACUUUGAGACACAAUCUUUGUAUAAGCUAAAUAUAACAGCAAAAGACCAAGGAAGGCCACCAAGGUCAUCUACGAUGUCAGUGGUAAUAUAUGUUCGGGAUUUUAAUGACAAUCCUCCUAAUUUUCCUGCAGGGGACAUUUUUAAAUCUAUUAUUGAGAACAUACCUGUUGGUAGUUCUGUCAUUUCUGUGACUGCUAAUGAUUCAGAUGCAGAUAUUAAUGGGCAGUUAACGUACGCAAUCAUUCAACAGACACCACGAGGUAAUCAUUUCCGUAUAGACGAAGUCAGAGGGACAAUAUUUACCAAUGCUGAAAUAGAUCGGGAGUUUGCUAAUCUCUUUGAAUUAACAGUCAAAGCCACUGAUCAGGCUGUUCCUGUGGAGUCCAGACGGUUUGCUUUGAAGAAUGUGACUAUUUUAGUGAUGGAUCAAAAUGACAAUGUUCCUGUGUUCAUAUCGCAAAAUGCUCUUGCAGCUGACCCUUCAGUCAUGAUUGGUUCAAUCCUAACAACAAUUAUUGCAGCAGAUCCUGAUGAGGGAGCUAAUGGAGAGGUGGAAUAUGAAAUAAUCAAUGGAGAUACCAAAACAUUCAUUGUGGAUCGCUACAGUGGAGACCUAAGAGUAGCAUCAGCUUUGGUGCCUUCUCAGCUAAUAUACAAUCUGAUAGUUUCUGCUACAGAUCUUGGCCCUGAAAGAAGGAAAUCUACCACUGAGAUGACUAUAAUUCUACAAGGCGUUGAUGGGCCUAUAUUCACGCAGCCAAAAUAUAUAACUAUCUUAAAAGAGGGUGAGCCUAUUGGGACGAAUGUGAUAUCUAUUGAAGCAAGCAGUCCACGGGGUUCUGAGGCCCAGGUGGAAUAUUACAUUGUGUCCGUCCGAUGCGAAGAUAAGAGUCUGGGGCGCCUCUUCACCAUUGGGCGCCAUACUGGUGUCAUCCAGACUGCUGCCAUUUUGGACAGGGAGCAAGGAGUGCGUCUCUACUUGGUGGAUGUUUAUGCCAUUGAAAAAUCUUCUGUUUUGCCCCGCACACAACGAGCAGAGGUGGAAAUAACACUUCAAGAUAUCAAUGACAACCCACCAGUAUUCCCCACAGAUAUGCUUGAUCUGACUGUGGAAGAGAAUAUAGGAGAUGGAUCUAAGAUAAUGCAGCUGACAGCCAUGGAUGCUGAUGAGGGAGCCAAUGCCCUUGUCACAUACACUAUUAUCAGCGGUGCGGAUGACAGCUUCCAUGUUGACCCCGAGUCAGGAGACCUGAUAGCCACCAAGCGCCUGGACCGCGAGCGCCGCUCCAAGUACUCCCUCUUGGUUCGUGCUGAUGAUGGCCUGCAGUCCUCUGACAUGAGGAUAAACAUCACUGUCAGUGAUGUUAAUGACCAUAUCCCCAAGUUCUCCAAGCCAGUGUAUUCCUUUGACAUUCCAGAAGAUGCCACUCCAGGCUCAUUAGUGGCAGCCAUUCUAGCUACUGAUGAUGACUCCGGUAUAAAUGGAGAAAUCACAUACACUGUGAGUGAAGAUGAUGAAGAGGGCAUGUUCUUCCUGAACCCUGUUACAGGAGUCUUCAACUUGACCCGCGCACUAGACUACGAAGCACAGCAGUAUUACAUUCUGACCAUCCGUGCGGAAGAUGGAGGAGGCCAAUUUGCUACCAUCAGAGUGUACUUCAAUAUACUGGACAUAAACGACAAUCCACCAGUGUUCAGUAUGACCUCAUAUAGUACAUCUUUGAUGGAGAACUUGGCUCCAGGAUCUGCUAUUCUCAACUUCAGUGUCACUGAUGCAGAUGACGGCUCCAACUCACAGCUGUCCUUCAGCAUCGCCUCCGGGGACAGCAUGGGGCACUUUGGCAUUGACAACAGCGGGGUGCUGAGUACCCAACAGCCUUUGGAUCGGGAAAGCCAGUCUUUUUAUAGCCUUGUUGUGCAAGUCCACGACAUGGCCCCUCUCCCUGCCUCCAGGUACACAAGCACAGCUCAAGUUUCCAUUAUUCUGCUGGAUGUGAACGACAGCCCUCCUAGCUUUAUCUCUCCAAAGCUGACCUACAUUCCAGAAAAUACACCGAUAGACACAAUCGUGUUCAAGGCACAAGCGACUGACCCUGACAGCGGUCCAAACAGCUACAUCGAGUACAGUCUGCUUAGGCCUCUGGGCAAUAAAUUCAGCAUUGGCACUAUUGACGGUGAGGUCAGAUUGAUUGGGGAGCUCGACAGAGAAGCUGUGUCCAACUACACAUUGACUGUGGUGGCAACAGACAAGGGCCAGCCAUCCCUUUCUUCAUCUACAGAUGUGGUAGUCAUAGUCCUCGACAUUAAUGAUAACAACCCCCUUUUUGCACAAAAGCUUUAUAGAGUAGAGUUGGAGGAAAACACUUUGACAGGGACAGAUUUAAUCCAGGUGCUUGCUACUGAUGGAGAUGAGGGUACGAAUGGGCAGGUUCGCUAUUCCAUUGUGAGUGGAGAUACUGGUAACCAGUUUCGCAUCGAUUCUGUGACGGGGGUGAUAACAGUUGCUAAGCCUUUGGACAGAGAGAAGAAACCCUCCUAUAUGCUGACUGUUCAGUCCUCCGAUCGUGGAAGCAGCCCAAGGACUGACACCACAACAGUCAAUAUUGUUCUGAAAGAUGUUAAUGAUUACGUUCCCACAUUUGAACUUUCUCCCUACAAUGUGAAUGUUCCUGAGAAUUUAGAGACGCUUCCCAAAGUCAUUCUUCAGGUUGUGGCAAGAGAUGAUGAUCAAGGCCUAAACAGCAAGCUUACCUAUGUUCUGGUGAGUGGCAAUGAAGAAGGAGCCUUUAUUCUCUCAGCCAGCGGGGAGCUGCGCUUGGUGCAGAGCCUGGACCGGGAAAGGAAGGAGCAGUAUGUUUUAUUGAUCACAGCUGCUGACUCAGGAUCUCCUGCCCUCACUGGCACUGGAACCAUCACUGUCACUGUAGAUGAUGUCAACGAUAACGUCCCCACAUUCGCCUUUAAUAUGUAUUCUGCUACAGUUCCUGAGGAUGCACCUACAGGGACAGAUAUUUUGCUAGUAAACUCCUCAGAUGCUGAUGCUUCUAGAAAUGCUGUUAUUAGCUAUAGACUUACUGGUGGCAAUUCUCAAUUUACAAUCAACCCAUCAACAGGACAGAUCAUCACCAGUGCUCUACUUGAUCGAGAGACAAGAGAGAACUACACAUUGAUUGUUGUGGCAAGUGAUGGGGGCUACCCCAGGGCUCUUUCCAGUUCCACCAGUGUGCUUGUUGCUGUUGCUGAUGUGAAUGACAACCCUCCCAAAUUUCAACACCAUCCCUAUGUCACUCAUGUUCCAUCGCCUACUACUUCAGGUUCGUUUGUGUUUGCAGUGACUGUCACUGAUGCAGAUGCCGGCUCCAACGCAGAGCUCCAUUAUUCCCUCAUGGGGAAAAACGCAGAGAAAUUUCACAUUGAUUCAGCAAGGGGGGCAAUCCUAGCUGCCAAUGAGCUGUCAGGAGAGUCUGAAGUCACCAUUUCUGUCCACGUGAGGGAUGGCGGCCGGUAUCCCAAGACAGAUUCUACAACUGUCACCGUGAGGUUUGUGAACAGAGCAGAAUUUCCUCAAGUUCAAGCCGAACAGGAGACUUUCACUUUUCCUGAAAAUCAAGCAGUUGGGACACUUGUCACCACCAUUUCUGGAUCUUCAGCCAGAGGAGGCUCCUUGUCCUACUAUAUUGCCAGUGGGAACCUGGGCAACACCUUCAUAGUGGAUCAGGUAACAGGACAGCUUUCUGUCGGCCAGGCUUUGGAUUUUGAAGCCAUACAGAAAUAUGUGGUUUGGAUUGAGGCCAGAGAUACAGGCUUUCCUCCCUUUUCCUCGUAUAAGAAAUUGGAAGUAACGGUUGUAGAUGUCAAUGAUAACGCACCGGAGUUUGAGCAAGAUCCCUUCAUUGCUGAAAUAGUGGAGAAUCUGUCCCCACGGAAGUUAUUGACAGUGGCUGCUGUUGACAGGGACAGUGGUCUAAAUGGACAGUUAAUUUAUGAAAUAAUUGAGGGCAAUACAGAAAAUAGUUUCAGUAUCAACAGAGCCACUGGUGAGAUCAGGAGUGUCAGGCCCUUGGACAGGGAGAAAUUGUCUCGAUACACACUGACCAUAAAAGCUUCAGAUAAAGGCACCCCGCUCCAGAGCACAACCGUCAAAGUUAUCAUUAAUGUUUUAGAUGAAAAUGACAACGCCCCAAGAUUUUCCCAGAUAUUUAGUGCUUCUGUGCCUGAAAAUGCACCUCUGGGUUUUACAGUAACCCGAGUCACAACUUCAGAUGAAGACAUUGGCAUGAAUGCAAUCAGUAGGUACUCCAUAAGGGAUACAAGUCUUCCAUUUGUCAUAAAUCCAAGCACUGGGGAUAUCACAGUCAGCAGACUGCUAAACAGAGAGGAUACGGAUCGCUACCGAAUCAGAGUUUCUGCUCAUGACUCUGGCUGGACAGUGAGCACAGACGUCACCGUUUUUGUCACUGAUGUCAAUGACAACGCUCCACGAUUUACAAAACCAUCCUAUUAUUUGGAGUGUCCUGAGCUCCCUGGGAUUGGGUUGAAAGUCACUCAAGUUUCAGCCACUGAUCCCGAUGAAGGAUCUAAUGGUCAUGUCUUCUACUUCAUAAAAUCUCAAUCUGAGUUCUUCCGUAUCAAUGCAACCACGGGGGAAAUUUUCAACAAACAGUAUUUAAGGUACCAAAACUCAAGUGGUUCAAGCAAUGUCAACAUAAACAGGCACAGCUUCAUUGUGACUUCUUCAGACCGUGGCAGUCCUCCACUGCUGAGUGAGACAACUGUCACAAUUAACAUAGUUGACAGCAAUGACAAUGCACCACUGUUCCUUGCUCCUAAAUAUUUUACGCCUGUUACUAAGAAUGUGAGAGCUGGCACAAACUUAAUUAAAGUUACUGCAGUGGAUGACAAAGACUUCGGUUUGAAUUCUGAAGUGGAAUACUUUGUUUCUGAUGAAAGCAAAACUAAUAAAUUCAGAUUGGACAGGAGUACAGGCUGGAUUUCUGUAUCAUCUUCACUAAUGGCUGAUUUGAACAAAAAAUUUCUGUUUAAAGUAAAAGCAAAGGAUAAAGGUAAUCCUCCACUGUCAUCUGAGGUAGCUGUUGAAAUAGUCGUAACCGAGGAAAACUACCAUACACCUGAGUUUUCUCAAAGCCAUAUGAGUGUUACUAUCCCGGAGAGUCACUCUGUUGGAGCAGUGAUCAGGACGGUUUCAGCCCGAGACAGAGAUGCCGCUAUGAAUGGAUUAAUCAGAUAUAAUAUUUCCUCUGGAAAUGAGGCUGGCAACUUUGCUAUCAACACAACUACUGGUACACUGACACUAGCAAAACCACUUGAUUUUGAGUUAUGCCAAAAGCAUGAGCUAAUUGUUACCGCCACAGAUGGAGGAUGGGUGUCCAGAACAGGCUUCUGCAGUGUCACCAUUAAUGUCAUUGAUGUGAAUGAUAAUUCUCCAACAUUCAGCCCUGAGGACUACUUUCCCAAUGUAUUAGAAAAUGCCCCAAGUGGGACAACUGUUAUUCGUUUAAAUGCCAGUGAUGCUGACUCUGGACCUAAUGCUGUGAUUGCAUAUGCUAUUCAGUCCUCAGAUAGUGACCUCUUUGUCAUUGACCCCAAUACAGGAACGAUCACUACCCAAGGAUUUUUAGAUUAUGAAACAAAGCAAAGUUACCAUUUAACAAUAAAGGCUUUUAAUGUUCCAGAUGAAGAGAGGUGCAGUUUUGCCAGUGUCAACAUCCAGUUAGAAGGGACUAAUGAAUAUGUGCCCCGUUUUGUGUCCAAGCUUUAUUAUUUUGAAGUUUCUGAGGCAGCGUCUGAAGGUACCAUUGUGGGUGAAGUUUUUGCAAGUGAUCGUGAUCUGGGAACUGAUGGAGAAGUUCACUACCUUAUCUUCGGCAAUAGCAGAAAGAAGGGCUUCCAGAUAGAUGAAAGAAGUGGCCAGAUCUAUGUUUCAGGACCUCUUGACAGAGAAAAAGAAGAACGAAUCUCUUUGAAAGUUCUUGCAAAAAAUUUUGGAAGCAUUCGUGGUGCAGAUAUAGACGAAGUAACUGUUAAUAUCACUAUACUGGAUGCCAACGAUCCUCCUGUAUUCACUUUAGGAACUUACAACGUACAAAUUAGCGAGGGUGUUCCUCCAGGCACCCAUGUCACAUUUGUGAGUGCCUUUGAUUCAGAUUCUGUCCCUAGCUGGAGCCGGUUUUCCUAUUUCAUUGGGUCUGGUAAUGACAACAGUGCCUUUUCCAUCAACCCACAGACAGGACAGGUCACUGUCACUGCAGAACUGGAUCGAGAAACUCUGCCUGUGUACAACCUGUCUGUGCUAGCCAUUGAUUCAGGAACACCAUCUGCAACAGGCAGUGCCUCUUUAUUGGUAACUUUGGAGGACAUCAAUGAUAACGGUCCCACCCUGUCCACCCGCCAGGGAGAAGUCAUGGAGAAUAAUCGUGCAGGAACUCUCGUAAUGACACUUCAGUCGUCAGAUCCCGAUCUCCCUCCAAACCAAGGCCCCUUUACGUACUACUUACUCAGCACUGGCCCUGCAACCAGUUACUUCAGCCUUAGCACUGCCGGUGUCCUGACCACAACAAGGGAGAUCGAUCGGGAGCAAAUCAGUGAUUUCUACCUGUCAGUGAUUACAAGAGACUCUGGCAUUCCUCAAAUGUCUUCCACAGGAACUGUUCAGAUAAAGGUAAUAGACCAAAAUGACAACCCAUCUCAGCCCAGAACGGUAGAAAUCUAUGUUCACUAUUAUGGCAACCUCUUCCCAGGAGGAAUUCUGGGCAAUGUAAAGCCGCAGGACCCAGAUGUGUUAGACAGCUUCCAGUGCUCCCUCACCUCAGGAGUCACCAGCCUCUUCAGUAUUCCUGGGGGCACCUGUGAGCUGCACUCACAGGCCAGGUCCACAGAUGGGGUGUUUGACCUGGCUGUGCUCAGCAGUGACGGCCUACACGGUGCUGUCACAAGCAGCGUCCGCAUUUUCUUUGCGGGUUUUGGCAACGCCACCAUUGACAACAGCAUCCUUCUCCGCUUGAGUGUCCACACUGUGCGGGAUUUUCUGACGAACCACUACCUCCAUUUUCUGCGCAUUGCCAGCUCUCAGCUGACAGGGCUGGGCACUGCUGUGCAGCUCUAUGGGCUGUAUGAGGAGAGCAACCAGACCUUCCUGAUGGCGGCUGUCAAGCGCAGCAGCAACCAGUACGUGAACCCCAGUGGUGUGGCCACCUUCUUCGAGAGCAUCAAAGACAUCCUCUUCCGGCAGAGUGGGGUGCGGAUUGAGUCUGUGGAUCACAACUCGUGCCUGCAGAGCCCGUGCCAGAACGGAGGGAGCUGCAUGAGAAGGCUGGCUGUAGGUCCAGCCUUGAAGAGCCACGAGAGUGUCCCUGUCAUCAUCAUGGCCAACGAGCCCCUCCAGCCCUUUGUGUGCAGAUGCAUGCCAGGGUACGAAGGCAGCUUGUGUGAGAUUGACAUUGAUGAAUGCCUCCCUUCUCCAUGUCACAAUGAUGGGACCUGCCACAACUUGGUGGGAGGAUUCUCAUGCAGUUGCCCAGACGGCUUUACCGGCAUGGCCUGUGAGAGGGAUGUCAAUGAGUGCCUUUCCAACCCGUGCAAAAAUGGGGCCGCCUGCCAGAACUUCCCUGGAACCUUCAACUGUAUUUGCAAAACUGGGUAUACAGGGAAAACAUGCGACUCCACAGUCAAUUACUGUGAAUGCAACCCCUGUUUUAAUGGUGGGUCCUGCCAGAGUGGGUUGGAAGGGUACUACUGCCAUUGCCCCUUUGGUGUUUUUGGGAAUCAUUGUGAACUGAAUAGUUAUGGAUUUGAAGAGUUGUCCUAUAUGGAGUUUCCCAGUAUGGAUCCAAAUAAUAAUUAUAUCUACAUAAAGUUUGCCACUAUAAAAAGGAAUGCUUUAAUGUUGUAUAACUACGAUAACCAAACUGGAGAACGGGCAGAAUUUCUGGCUCUGGAAAUAAUAGAAGGAAGGCUGAGAUUCUCUUAUAAUCUUGGCAGCGGCACGUACAAGCUUACCACAACUAAGAAGGUGUCUGAUGGACAAUUUCACACAGUUAUUGCCCGGAGGGCUGGAAUGGCAGCAUCACUGACAGUGGAUUCCUGCUCUGAGGAUCAGGAGCCAGGCUAUUGCACUGUUAGCAAUGUGGCUGUUUCCACUGACUGGACCCUUGAUGUACAACCAAAUCGACUUACCGUUGGUGGUAUCAGGUCUGUUGAGCCCAUCCUUCAAAGGAGAGGACAGGUGGAAAGCCACGAUUUUGUGGGCUGUAUAAUGGAGUUUGCAGUCAACGGACGUCCCCUGGAGCCAAGCCAGGCUUUGGCAGCUCAAGGAAUCUUAGAUCAAUGUCCUCGAUUAGAAGGUGCUUGUACAACUAGCCCCUGCCAACAUGGUGGCACCUGCACUGAUCACUGGUCAUGGCAGCAAUGCCAAUGCAAAGAUGGACUGACGGGAGACCACUGUGAAAAAUAUAUUACUGCCGACACUGCCUUAUCACUGGAAGGCAAAGGACGACUUGACUACCACAUGAGCCCAAAUAAGAAGCGUGAAUACAUGAUGAGACACAGUGCUAGAGGUGCCAGCCCAGGACCUCUGAACGUGGACAGCUUGGAAGUGAAGUUCAGAACAAGAAGCGAGAAUGGGAUUUUAUUUCACAUCCAGGAAAGCAGCAACUUCACUACCGUGAAGAUAAGAGCUGGGAAAGUGCACUACAUAUCUGAUGCUGGAAUUGCUGGGAAAGUGGAAAGAAACAUCCCAGAAGUGUACACAGCAGAUGGACAGUGGCAUUCUGUACGCAUUGAGAAGAACGGCUCUACCACUGUCCUGUCUGUUGACAAGACUCAUAAACGAGACAUUCUCCAUGUCACACAAGAUUUUGGUGGACUAAACGUUCUUACAAUAUCUUUGGGAGGUAUCCCACCAAACCAGCCUUUCAAGAGCACAGUUGCAGGAUUUGACGGCUGCAUUUCCUACAUCAAGUAUGGUGGGGAGAGCCUCCCCUUCGCUGGCAAGCACAGCCUGGCCACCCUUUCCAAAACAGACCCCUCAGUCAAGAUGGGCUGCCGUGGCCCCAACGUCUGUGCCAGCAGUCCCUGCUGGGGUGAGCUGAUGUGCAUCAACCAGUGGUACACCUACCAGUGUGUCCCACCAGGUGCUUGUGCCUCCAGCCCCUGUCAAAAUGGUGGCAGCUGCGAGCCUGGGCCACAGGCCAGCUUCACCUGCAGCUGCCCUGAGUCGUACGUGGGACAGAGGUGUGAGAUAGUGGUGGCAUGUCUGGGGGUCUCCUGUGGCCCUGGUCACGUCUGCAGAGCGGGCCCCAGCAGCAGCUAUGUGUGCCUGCCAUCCCCACACCCUGCUGAGUUGUCUCUGCCCCUCUGGGCUGUGCCGGCAAUUGUGGGCGGUUGUGCGACAGUGCUGGCACUGCUGGUCCUCAGCCUCAUUCUCUGCAACCAGUGCCGGGGGAAGAAGUCAAAGGCCCCAAAGCAGGAGAAGAAAACAAAGGAAAAGAAGAAGAAAGGAAGUGAGAAUGUGGCGUUUGAUGACCCUGACAACAUCCCACCUUAUGGUGAUGACAUGACAGUCAGGAAGCAGCCUGAGGGGAACCCCAAACCUGAUAUCAUAGAAAGAGAAAACCCCUAUCUCAUCUAUGAUGAGACUGACAUCCCACAUGCCACGGAGACCAUUCCCAGUGCCCCACUGGCUUCACCUGAGCCCGAGAUCGAGCACUAUGACAUUGACAACGCCAGCAGCAUUGCCCCCUCGGAUGCCGACAUCAUCCAGCACUACAAGCAGUUUCGGAGCCACACACCCAAGUUUUCCAUCCAGAGGCACAGCCCACUGGGCUUUGCCCGGCAGUCUCCCAUGCCUCUGGGAGCCAGCAGCCUGACGUACCAGCCUUCUUAUGGGCAGGGCUUGAGGACAACAUCUUUAAGCCACUCAGCCUGCCCUACUCCUAACCCCUUGUCUCGGCAUAGCCCUGCACCUUUCUCCAAGUCGUCGACUUUCUACAGGCACAGUCCAGCCCGGGAGCUGCACCUCUCCAUACGGGAAGGGAGCCCACUGGAGAUGCACAAUGAUGUCUGCCAGCCCGGCAUUUUCAACUAUGCCACUCGGCUGGGGAGGAGAAGUAAGAGUCCACAGACCAUGGCAAGCCAUGGUUCCCGGCCGGGCAGCCGCCUGAAGCAGCCCAUCGGUCAAAUUCCACUGGAGACGGCUCCUCCAGUGGGGCUGUCUAUUGAAGAGGUGGAGAGACUGAACACCCCGCGCCCCAGAAACCCCAGCAUCUGUAGUGCUGACCAUGGCCGGUCCUCUUCUGAGGAGGACUGCAGAAGGCCCCUGUCCCGGACAAGGAACCCGGCUGAUGGCAUUCCCGCACCCGAGUCCUCCUCCGACAGUGACUCCCACGAGUCCUUCACAUGCUCAGAGAUGGAGUACGACAGGGAUAAGCCCAUUGCAUACACCUCCAGGAUGCCCAAAUUAUCCCAGGUCAAUGAGUCUGAUGCGGAUGAUGAGGACAACUAUGGGGUGAGGCUGAAGCCCCGGCGGUACCCUGGCCGUCGUGGGGAGGGUGGGCCCGUGGGAGCACAGGCGGCUGGCACUGGGGAGAGCUCCCUGCCCGUGAAGCUGGGGCAGCAGGCAGGAAGCUUCAACUGGGACAACCUCUUGAACUGGGGCCCAGGCUUCGGGCAUUAUGUGGAUGUUUUCAAGGAUUUGGCAUCACUUCCUGAAAAAACAACAGCAGCAGCAGCAGCAGCAGCAAGUGAAGACAACAAAAGUGGUACAACAAAGCCUGUUUCCAAGGAGGGGGAAGCAGAACAGUACGUAUAGGCUUUGUCUCUGGCGUUGCCGCAGUGCAAGGCCAUGGAACGGUCAGACUGUUGUGUGGUUGUAGAGAAGGAAAGGUCAGCAUUCGCACCCCAGGCCAGUUUGGUUGGAGGAGACUUUAAAAAUAAUAACCAUUAUGCUGCUGAAAGAGACUUAAAACAUUUUUAAUUUAAUUAUGCUUGGAUGAAUUUAUUUCUCCUGCAUGCAUUGUAUUUGGAAACAAGAUAUUUGGCAUGCAGUUUUUGAAAAGGGUUUCCUAUUUACCAUUGUUUGGUUUGUGAUUCUUAAAUUAAUAAUGCUUUGUUCUGAAAAUGAACUAAUUUGUUUUUUAAUUGUGAAGGAUGUGUAUAUUGUACCCAGCUACUAAUGUGUUUUACGAUGCAAAAGUAUUGAGGAUUUAAUUUUCCUUAAGAAGUGCAUGGAAGAAGGAUGAUGAAUGAAGGAAUUACAGUAGCAAGUUGUCUCAGAAAAUGUAGUCGCUAUAUCCUGCAGUUGCUCAAACAUAAAGAUUAUGGAAGAAAUCAGCUUGAGUAAUUGCUGGCAACAGUGCUGUAAGUCGUAUUCCAUACAAGAGGUGCUAGAAGCAGCUCAAGCUGGUCAGCACUUUAGGAGUUGUUUUCAGCUUGUUAAUUUGUUUGUUUGGGGGCUUUUCUGUCUUCUUUUGGGGAUUUUUUUUUUUUUUUUUUUUUUUUUUGGACAAAGUUGUGUGAGAGCUUCUGAAUCUCUAUGAUGUAUUUGGGGAUGCUAAACCCUGGUCCCUGCCUGGCCCCUCAGUGCUUCCAGUGGGAGGGGAGUGCUUGGCAUCAGGAAAAAACUCCAUUUCCACAUCUCUUGGCCUUGCAUCUUGGCUGUGCAGCUGCUGCAGCCUGCGUUUCUCCCCAUCUUUCAUUUUCCAUCUGUUCUAUGGAAAGGUAGUAAUAACACUUACUCACCUACCUCACGGGGGUGUUGUGAGGACUAAUUAGUUAACUCAUCUGAAGUGCUUAGACAUUAUAAAGCACUAUAAUAAGCAUUAUCAUAAUUAUUAUUAAAGCACUGCCUAGCCUUUGUGACCCUGGGGUGGCAUUUUCUGCAUUAUAUGAUUUUCUAUGAUGAAAACUUUGAAGAAUUAUUUAUUGUAUAGAAAAUUACUGCACUCUAGCAUUUUGAAGCGGAUAUGAGGGAAAACUACUUGUAGACUCAUUAAAAUAGCUUACUGUUUGUCCCAAAUUCCCUAAAGUUUUAUGUUAAGUAGAACUUCACAAAGUCCUUACGUCUUCAUGCAAAUCUGAUGAACCUAUCGUACUGUGUAAAAACCUUCAAUUUUUUUUUUCCUAAGCUGUGUUUUUUAUAUCAAUAUUUUCCUAUGCUGAAUAAUUUUCUUACUUUCAGGGAAGGUAAGAAAAAUACCUUUUUUACAUUUGUUACUUAUGUAACAUCCAUAUUUUUCACAUUUUGAUAAAAUUGUAACAUACUGUAUGCUUUCUACCUGUAAAUGCCAAUAAUAGAAUUAAAAUAUUUAUUUAAAAUCUUUA